AUGGAGAUUGACUUUGUCAAAGUGAAAACAGGCCAGGGUUGUGCGAAAGCCGACCGACUGACAGACAGGCCCAGUGAAAACAAGCCCUUGGUUGUGCGAAAGCCGACCAGACUUGACGGCCCAGUGAAAACAGGCCAGGGUUGUGCGAAAGCCGACCGACUGACUGACAGGUCCAGUGAAAACAGGCCCUUGGUCGUGCGAAAGCCGACCAGACUCGACAGUCCAGUGAAAACAGGCCAGGGUUGUGCGAAAGCCGACCGACUGACAGACAGGCCCAGUGAAAACAGGCCCUUGGUUGUGCGAAAGCCGACCAGACUCGACGGCCCAGUGAAAACAGGCCAGGGUUGUGCGAAAGCCGACCGACUGACAGACAGGCCCAGUGAAAACAGGCCUUGGAUUCUGUGA